AUGAGGCGGCCGGCAGUGCAUGGCGACACGCCAUUUCUUCCUGAAGAAAUCGUGACAAACAUUCUCAAACGACUCCCUGUGAAAUCCCUAAUCCGAUUUCAAUGUGUCUGCAAACGUUGGAAGAAUCUCUUCAAAACCCCAUCUUUCAUCGCUGAACACCUGCUCUACCCAACUCAUCAAAACCCUUCUCUUCUUAUCAUACACAACAGUAGUACAUGUAAGCCUUUGCACUUGCGUUUGCUCGAUUGUGAGAUGCAUGUCCGUGAAGUUCAGAACGCACCUUUGAUCGGUUCCUUACCGGACGUUGGGAUCAUCGGUUCCAGCAAUGGCUUGCUCUGUGUUGCACUCGAUCAGUCCCUUUUUUUGUGCAAUUCCCUUUUACUGUGGAAUCCUGCUAUUGGAGAGGUCAGACAGAUACCUAGAUCCAGAACUGUUGAAUUUCCGAUGUGGGAAUGCAUAGUAGGAUUUGGGUUCAGCCCAAUUGUUAAUGACUAUAAGAUAGUGAAAAUUUAUGAUGGGCCUGGGUGUGAUGAUGCAAUUAGUGUAGUUGAAGUGUAUUCGUUAAGCACAGGUUUAUGGAAGGAAAUAGAAUUUGGAAGCUUAGAGGGUGUAAGUCUUUUUCACGGUACUGGCACUGCAAACGGAGCUAUCUUUUGGUGGGGUCUAAGACGAGGUGUGGAGGAGCAGGGUGAAGAUGAUACUGAUUUGAUAGUUUCAUUUGACAUAGAAAUGGAAGUGUUUGUGUUGAUACCAUGGCCUCCUUUAUCUGAUCGUGAUAAUUCAACUGUAAAAUUUGCUGUGUAUGAGGACAAAUUUGCUGCACUUUCUCUCUCUAAUAUUGGAACCUUCCCAGACUAUCUAUAUUCUUCGAUUGAUUUGUGGGUGCUAGAGGAGUGUACAGGUUCACCUACGGAGAGAUGGUGUUGGACUAAGAAAUAUGCUAGGAAUCACUGCCCUUCCAUGUUAAAACUUGGGGCCCUUUGGAGGAAUGAAAUUGUAUGUAUUGAUUUUGGAAUGCCUAGACUUACCAAUGAAAGUGAACGUGAAACGGAGAAUGAUGGACGAAAGGCUGGUAUGUAUCUGUUGAAUAUGACUACUAAUGAAUUUAAGAUGUUUGCUAUCCCUGGAUGUGGCAAUGAUUGUCGUGUCCUCAAUCAUGUGGAAAGCCUUGUACCAGUUUGGAACAUCCACUUUGAAGAACAUUGA